AUGUCUCAGCAAGUUGUAAUCCAGCAACCAUUGACACAAGUUUUGAUACCGCCAGGAAAUAAGUCACCUGGGUCGCAGGCCUCUCAAUCAUCGUCAUCACAAAGCUCCAUACCUACUUUGAAAGUGACGCAGCCAGUGGCGGGACCGUCAGGAAUUAAAAAUGCUCCUUUGACCCAAUACCAAAUCAGCCCAACACCCUAUUCUGUUGUGUCUCUGGGACAAUCUCAACACGAAACAUCGGAUGAACAACCAAAGACAGUAGUUUUGGAAUCGAUUCCGUCCCAGGCGAUGCAGCAGGAGAUAGAGCCUAUUUAUUGCUCUGAAAACGGAAUAAUCUAUUUGACGAAUACCGAGGAACAACAAUCUAAUUUGGAAAACCAUGUUCUUACAGAUAAUGACGGAGCAAUAACUUAUGCGGACUUGAAAAAGGAUUUACAGCAAUUCAUCCAAAACAGUGUUAAAGCUGCGGUAGAGGAGUGUUUUCAAACUCAUUUCACUCGCAUGACUGCACUGGUGGAAAUGCAAGCGCGAUCUACUACUACAACAUCCGAACCUUCUGACCACCCGGUGGAACAACAUGCUCGAAUCAACAAUGAAGUUGAGCUCCACGACUGGAAUGUGAAACUACGUAAUGAAGAACUAUGCAGCCAAUAUCUACAGUAUUUCACACGCAUCAUCCCCCCAAAUUCAUAUGAAAGCAACGGAAAUAAUGCGUGCUACACGAUUGUUGAUUGUCUGUUUACACGGGACUUCUGGAAUAACUUUACAUGGACCGGAAUCAGUCGCGGCGAGACAUCCAAAAGGGGUUUUAGAGAAUUUGGCAAUAUUCUACAGUUGCUACUUAAGCUAGUUCGUAUUGGCGACCCCACAUAUACAGCUCAGAAGUUAGAAGUAUUCUGCAGAACACGUUUGUUCAGAUACAGCAAAUCGAGAUGCACAAACCAAAGACUACGUAAGUCAUCAUGCCGUCCAACUCGUAAACGCAAGGAGAUUAUAAAAAAGAAAAUCGAUAAUCUGAAUGAUAUGACUCAUCACGAAGAAGAACCUAAUGAUUCAAGUGACCAUACGGAGCCCUUCAACAACAGCCAAGGAGAAAUGGAUCCAGAUACAACAUUUGAACAUGACGCUGAUAUCGAGCUAGAUGAUGCUGAUGACCAAAUGGAGACCAACGAAGUUUCUUUGGAAUGA